UUAUUUAGCAGCUCUGGUGCUUUUACCAGCAUAUGGCGAACAUGGACAGACUCCAGUUGCAAAUAGGAAUGGUGGUUGGAAGUCGAUGCUCAUGGACAGGGAAAGACAGGCGCUUCGCAGGAUAGUGUUUCCGUUAUUUUGCGCAGGCCUGCAUGUGUUAGCAGGAAAUCCAGCCGCCUGGGCUGACCUCUGCGCCGCAUUAGCUCACUGGGUGCUUCUACACGCCAAGCGCUCAGAUUAAAAAGUGUUUCAUGUCUUGCCGUCACACCGAGGAGCUGUUUGGAACGCAAGCCUUAGCAGGAGGAGCGCGCACACACGCACACCAUCGCACUCGACGGCCUGGCUUUGUGCUGCUCCAGGAGGGGAGGCUGAGCCGUAGCGCCCGCCGUGGCCCAGCGGUUGCGUGAAUAGCACGUGAGCGUCAGCGAUUCCUAGAGAUGCGGUGGAGCCGUGCGACGCGGAAACUCAUGAAUUACACAUGAGGGGACGCGUUUAUUUCUAGGGGGAUGGGUCGCGCUCACGGUCUGGAGUGGAACGGCAGUCUCGUGUCGGCGUGUGUUUAGCGCGCAGCAAAGCUCGAGUUAUUUUGCCCUUGAAACGCCAUAUAAGGGCAAUCCUGUAAGUCACCACGGUAAAGUACAGUACAGCACAGGCGAAUCCAGUGUCGUCUUUUUGCUGGGUAGACGGAAGAUGUGUGUCCAGGCAAAGGUCACUUACUGCGGUGAAGAGGCAGACUACCAUCCUCUGUCCUCACAAUUGCGUAUAUGGGAGACGGCAGCAAUUUGUACCGAGUUAUAGCUUUUGUUGAAGUUUAUUAUAACAUUCCGAAACCUGCGAAACGUUGUCGUCGGAUUACCUUACUCCAGGGUGUGCCCCUCGCAGCCUUGGGCCUUGUGAUUCUGGGAUAGGCUCCGGACCCCUACGACCCCGACCAGGGCGAGCAGUCGGCAAGAGUGAGCGAGUGCAAUUCCUCUGAUUUGCUGUCAUGUUUACCUUUCAGAUGCUCUGCUUCUUUUCCAGUUUAUCAUGGCUGAGGCUGCAGGACUCUGGGUUUUACACAUUAAAACUCCCGCUGGUCUGAACCACUGAGGACGGGGACACCAGACGCGUCCUUUGCGCUGAGCCGUGCAGCUUCGGGACCGCAAGAGAGACCAAAGCAAACGCUCGCAGUCUUGCCUGAGAUGGGGACUCGAGUCGCGGAGCUCGCCGCUGGAGGAUGCGGGGCUCUUCAGCCCUGAUGUCUGAUGUGAAGGACCCACCAUGUGACCUUUCAGCGGUGGCCCAGCCUGCUGGCCGCAGCCACCCCUUGGAGGAGCAGAGUCUGUCUGAGCUGGCAGCUCCUCCACCUGCUGCAGGUGACCCUCAGUCGUGCCUCCCCAGCCGUGAUGCUUUAGCCUUAUCCAAGUGCCAGGGGAUGCCGGGGCAGUGUCCUAUGGUGCCUCGCUGCCACAGCAAUGCCCUGCUUAACAAACGGGGUCUCAAGGAUGGCUCCAGCAGCGGUGUGCCCCCCCUGAAAACCCCAAUGGAAGGUCCUUCGCACUGUGUCAGCACAAGCAGCCGACUCUGCUACAGCACGGAGAGCCUGCAUCGUGCUGCCAUCUCGGACCCCGGUCUUUUGGGCGGCCCCAACAUGCGUGUGGAGGGAGACUUUGUCUUACACUGCAGCACCACCAGCAGCACAGCCAAGGUCUUGCACCCAUGGUGGGGGUCAUCAAAGCAGGACCCGGGACUCUGUGCUCCCUUUUUGAACGUGGUCACGCCUUGGAAGCUGUACGGGAAGGAUCCUCCAGCACCGCAGAUGAGCGAGCAGGUCACACAAAGGGGGCAACUCUGCCGCCGGAGGAGUUUGCCCAACCUACUCGUACUCCUGCCAUCUACAUGGGAAGCUGUCAAGAGGGCAGAGUCUGGCACUGCCGUGUCCCCAUCUCCAAAGGACCGCAGCGCACGAAAAGGCCCCGCAGAAGGGAUGUCAGAGAGCGAGCAGUCGCCAGUGUGCCAGCUGGACAGCCCGAUGCUCAAGGAGUUCAAAAGGAUCAUGCAGAACGAGAUGGAGUGUGUCAGCCGUGCCAAGACCCAGCAGCAUGAGGACCCUUCCCGGGAGUCCCCUUGCCGUGGAUACAGCGGGAGUGGGAGUGGGUGCGGGACCCUGGACGCUGGACCAACAAGUGGUGUCUGUUGGACUGAAAGCAAAGACAACAUGGCUGUUCCCAUAUGCUUCAGCCCCAGUCCCCGGCCCCAAGAGACACAGGUAGGAGACUCGGCGCAAAGCACACAUACGGAGCCAUCAUGCCUCACCCGUCACCCCCUGUGGGGGAGCUUGGAAGCAACACCCUCCUGCUGCCCCUCCCUUCUUCUGGACAGUACGGAUUUGUCCCGAUACGGAGCCAAGAUCUCCAAGAUUAAGGAUGGGUUCAUUGGCUCAGCUCUUGACCUCAUAAAGAAGAGCUGCACUGCAGAACUUGCAGCCGAGGCCUCUGCCUGGCAGUCACGUGAUCAGGAGGGUACCACCAUCACCGGUUCCCGUCCGGAUUGUCAGUCGGAUGUGGUUUCCAUGACGACAUCAGCCUGCAGCGCAGAAGCACGGAGCGAGCCAGGCGGAGGAGCUAUGUCUGCGAGAUGUCGCUCUGCUGUGGCCUGCAGGCGCUCCAGCUCAGAUGCUGCCACUCAGCCAGCGGAGUCGGUGAGAGGCCAGCGUGGGCGAAGGCUCCGCCCCCACCUUAGUGACCCCAUGCCAGCCGAUGCUACCAAGCGCAAAGAGCUCGAGAUCAAGAUCGCCGCAGCCAGUUUUCCUUCCCAGCGCAGUGUCAAGGCGGGUGAAAGCAUGCCUGAAGUUGAGGGCCAGUUGCGGAAGAAACCUGGACGUCUGGACUUGGCCAAUGUGCCACAACUUCGCUGGAGCAACUUGAGCAACCGGAGCAGCAAUAGAAAAGUGGUGGGGCUGGCUGAUGAGUGUGAGGGAGAUAUGGAGUCACAGCACACCGACAUCAGCUCAACCUAUGCUCAGAAGAGGGCCAGUGCUUCUCUCUUGACCUGGGAAGUCCAGCAGCCAUGCUCAGACUGUGGCCAGUGCGAGCCAACCCAGAGCAACAGCAUGUGUGACAAGUGCUCAAAGCGGCGCAUGGAGCGCAAGGAGGCCAUCUUGGAGCUCCUCAACACCGAGUGCAGCUAUGGCGAAGACCUGCGCAUCAUUUACGAGGAGUUCUACAACCCCAUGCAGAGUGCCAGCCUGCUCACCACCGACCAGCUCUCUGUGGUCUUUGGCAACGUGCAGGAGCUCAUCAGCGUGAAUGAAAAGUUCACCGAGCGUCUGCAGCACAGCAUCGAUCAGGCCUUUGACCAGGGUGACGAGGAUCUCCUGACAGUGUGCAUCGGGGACAUCUUCCUGGAGUUUGUCAGCAUGCUACCUGCCUUCCAGACCUACUGCUUGCAACAGUCCACCUCCGUCAACAUGCUGAACACUCUGGAGAAGGAGAAGGAGCUUCUCAGAAUUUUUCUGGACGCUUCCCAGAAUGACAACACAGCACUGCGGCGCAUGAACCUGCGCUCCUUCCUGAUUGCACCACUGCAGAGGGUUACCAAGUACCCCUUGCUGCUCAGCCGCAUUGGCAAGGCCACCACCAAGAACCACCCAGACCACACCCGCUUACAGGAGGCCAAGAGUCAUGUGGAGUCCCACCUGGAGCACAUCAACAUGAAGACUAGGCAAGAGGGCACUAACUGGUCGCUUCGCUCCUUCCGUAGGGAUAGUCGCAGGAACCGUGAGGCCCCCAAUGUGGAGAUGCGGGAGGUGUCCUUAAAAGUGGUGGGCUGGACCCGGGAGAGCACUCGUUUUGUGAUGGAAGGGCCUCUGCAGCUGUCGCAACCCACCGAUGGCCAGUGGGUGAAGAAAGGCAGCCGGGCCCUCAAGUUCCAGAAUGUGCAGAGCCUGUUGAUGGUGUACACUCCACGAGUGAGCGAGGGUGCCCUGGAAAGUGGAGAUCCCCUGGAGCUCGUGAGGGAUGGUGUUCUGGUGCUCAUCAAAGACAAGAGUGGUGGCAAGUUUGCCGUGCUCCGAGAGCCUAUUCGUCUCAGCAAGUGUGUGGUGUCCGUCAACCCUGACUGCGAUGACACAUUUGAACUGCUGGAGAUUCCCCGUGAAGCUUUUGUCUUCCGCGCCGCAGACAAGGCCCGAACACAGCAGUGGUUCCGACAGAUUAAGAGGUACUCUUGUGAUUUGGGCCCCUGGCGGAAGAGACGCAAUGCCCUCCCUAACAUUAUGACAAACACUGCGCAGAACCGGUCCUGAGGCACCCGGUAUGAGCACUCAGCUUUCUCCAGUCCAAGAACUGUUAAACAGAAAGUCCCCUCAUCCUGAUGCUAAUGUGUGCACUAAAACCUGUCACAGCUACAGAAAGUAGAGAUGGGGCUCAUUCCUCUCUGUGAAGGAAAACAGAUGAUUAUGGGGUUACAAUUCAGUUUUUCUGUACAAAAGCUCAUGCUAUCAAGGAGCAUUUGCCAUCUAGAUACAUGGCGUGCUAAGGGAUGUACAGUACUGUGCAAAAGUUUUACGCACUUGGUUGGGGGAAAAAAGCUGUAAAGUAA